CUUAGGGUUUUCAGGAAAUUUGGAAGCUGCAGCGGUAGUUGGAGUCUAAGGACUCCUGACAAUCUUCGGGUGCCCUCCGAGAGAAAAGGGGAGGAUGCCACUGGAGUCAUCCUCUUCAAUGCCACUAUCCUUCCCAUCUCUCUUACCCUCAGUACCACACAAUACUAACCCUUCCUCUCCUCCGAUGUCUUACGUCACCUCCCAGGAGAUGAAGUGUAUUCUUCACUGGUUUGCCAAUUGGUCAGGUCCCCAGCGUGAACGUUUCCUAGAGGACCUGGUAGCUAAAGCAGUGCCAGAAAAACUACAGUCACUGCUGGAUAGUCUGGAGCAGCUUAGUGUGUCUGGGGCAGACCGACCACCUUCUAUCUUUGAGUGCCAGCUACAUCUUUGGGAUCAGUGGUUUCGAGGCCACGCUGAGCAGGAGUGCAAUGAAUUUGUCAGACAGCUGGAGUUCAGUGAGCCAGACUUCGUGGCAAAGUUUUACCAAGCAGUGGCUGCUACAGCUGGUAAGGACUGAUAGGCAUUCAGACCAAAGAAGAUAACCAUAGCUGAUGGAGCCAAGGCCAUGACUCUCUACAAUGAUAAUUCAAAUGUGUCAUCUAAAGCUCUGGAACUGGUAUUCGGACCAGCUGACUGAACUCACUGACCAGUAUAGGCAUGGUUAUUUCAACAGGAAUAGCAUGUCAACUGGACUCCUAUGUGUAAAUAUUAUCAAUCUAAGCAAUCCUGCUUAUUAGUCUACUAGUUUGCUUCUUUCUAAGAGAUGUCAAAUCCUCAAGAAUUUGAUGGCUGCUUCUGCAGCUAUAACCAAAAGGAACCUACACAUUAUAACUCAGGCCCACUGCUGGCUCAUGAAGUGUGUAAAGUAGAACCCUCCUUCCCCAGAAAUAAGACAGCACAAUAAAAGGUGGCAUUUUUAUAAUUUACCUGGAUUCCAUUGGCUGGUUUUACCACUCCUAUCAGAUUCUAGUGUAAUUGUGUGAUACCCAAACCAUUAGUUUUCCCAGUGAUGAUUUAACAAAAUUAUGAAAAA